AUGGCGUGCCGAGACUCCGAUUCGGAUGAAUGGGACGAAGACUCCACGGACCUCGAAGGGGCGGAUGAGGAGCUGAUCGAUGAACAGGAUCCGCCGCCGGUGCGUAUCCUCUUAAUAGCUUUCAUGUGUAUGUUCCAGGGCUACGGCUGCAUGGUCGGUGGUCCAGCGCAUGCGCUGAAACAUAAGCUGGGGAUCAGCCACGAGCAAGCAGCGGAAUUCCAGGAUGCCACGGCGAGUUUCCAGCUCGCGAAGAUGUUGAUGCGCGUGUGUCAGAUUGCAUUCCUGGCCUUCAUGGAACCCACAGGCAUCGUCUACAUGGCCUAUGUGGUGAUGUUCCUGGCGCUGUGGGUGCCGGUGGUCUUCGUCUGGGGCGCCGGCGUCACCGAGCUCUGGGUGGUCUAUCUCCAGUACAUCUUGGGCGGCGUGGCGAUUGGCCUCUUCGAGGGCACCUUCUUGAGCGUGAUCAGUUCGCUCGGGAGGAACACCAAGACCUUUGCGAUCAUGGGAGCGCCCCUGGGCUUCUUCGUGAACAACACGAUUCUGGCGCUGCUCACGCAGGUGGGCGUGCCGGACAUCUUCUACUACUUCUACGAUGCCAUGUGCUUGCCCUUCGCCAUGUACAUCUUCCACGUGUACAGGCCCAGGGAGGCGAAGGGCGCGGGCAAGGGCAAGGGCUGCUCGGUGUUCAUGUCCUCCAUCUCCCAUGCCAUGGAUUGGCUGCCACACAUGAUUUUGUGGUUUGUGGCCAAGUUCAUUGGCAACUUUGUCCUGGAG